AUUUAUUUUCACCUUCCAAAUUUACAAGUAUUUCCCACUCAGUCCACAUUGAGCAAAAUAUUUUGUUUAAACCCGCAAAAAUCCCUCAGUAUGCAUCUGCAUCGUCUGAGCAAAAAACAAACGUACAUUAGCCACUUCUUAUCCAAACGUUACAAAUAAAUGAAAACUGUGUCACUUUCUAUGCUGUAAGUUAAAAGACAAACCCUCGCACUUUUCCGAUCCUGACUUCAGUCCCAGGUACCAUCAAUCGGCCUAAUUUCUAAGACGCUGGGGACUGGGAUUCGUAUCCCGGGUCGUGUGUCCUGGCAGGCGACACUCACACCUCCUCCAGGUCCCCCCUCCACCUACGUGGCUGCGAGACCUAGAGGGCAGGGCCAGGUUCAUAGCGGGCCCCACAGACCGAGUACACAGCAAGUGCUUAAUAGGUGCUCACUUGUGCCGUCGGCCAGAAACUCCGACGCUGAUCAGCUGGUCAGCCCGUGCAAGUCAUACAGUAGAAUAAGCACACACGUGUUCCCCCCCCCAGUUGUUAUGAGUAUCAAAGGAGGUGAAAACCGGUAACGCUUUUUAUAAAUACCGACUAUCAUUAAUUUUAAUGCGAUUGUGGGUGACUGUCACAGUCCUGGGGUCGGAGGCUGUGCCUUACUAGUAGCUAGAACCCUGCAUACAGUUGGCGCUCAAUUAGUGCUCGAUAGCGGUCAGGUAGGCCUGCAGGAAAAAGUGCUGGGUGUGGGCAAGUUAAUACCGCUAAGCCCCUGGCCAGGCUGGCCGCCCCCCAGUACCCGCCCCGCCCUGCGGCGAGGCGCGUGACGUGGGCGGCCAGUUUCCCUUGGGAUUGCGGGGUCCGGGAAGCGACGUAAGGCUACCCUUCCCCCAACCUGGGGGUGGAGGGGAGGGGGUGAAGAGGCGCAGCGGGAACCCGCGCCGCAAAGACGUCGGGAGGAUCCGAACACCCUACGCACCCACCGCGAGGCGGAGGCGGGGCCGGGUCGCGCUCUAAGUACCCGGCGCUUGUAACGUCACCACGCAACCCUGCGUUCCAGUCUUCACCUUCAGUCUCCUCCUUCGGUCGCUGAGACUAGCCCUUUAAGGGGGGGAGAAGUUGAAGGGUUAAGAACUUGAUUGACAUACCUUGAAGCCUAUCAGGUUCUUUGCAGGCAUACAACCAAAUUUAAAUUCUCUAUGCAGACACUGGAUAAAAUGAAGGAAAAGUAAGGGGGGGGCGGGGGAUAGUUUCUCGCGAGAUAUUCGCCUAACCCUCGCCUCGAAAAAGUGCCCGAACCCAUGAUCCCGCUUUCCAAUUAGAAGCCAAGGGCAGGGGUUACGGACCAAUGAAAAGGAUGAAGAGGUGGGCUCGCUAUUCUCCCCGCGCGAGAUGAACCGUUACAGGACGUGCCUAUUAGCCAAUCAACCUCACUAGGAUUAGGGUCAGGUGACUCGACAGUGCGGAGGGGCGGAACCACCGACUGGCGCGAGGAACCGUUAAUACAGACAACGGCAACAACCAAUGGGAUCCUCUCGCUAGGACGUCAAGAAUCCAAUAAGAGAGGUCGGGCGGGAUCCUUCACUCCGCGCAGGGAGCUGGGGAGACGGACAGAGGAAGCCCCCAAUGACUUUGAGGAAGAGACGAGUUCACUGACCAAUGAGGGCGGUGGGGCGGGGUCCAUUGCCGCGGCAGUGUCCAAGAUGGCGGCGUGGGAUUCCGCUGUGUGAAACCAGCGCGGGCAGGCGAGCUACCCAGUUCCGAGGCGGCCCCGGACAGUCCUCAGCGAUGAAGGGGAAAGAGCGCUCUCCCGCGAAGGCCAAGCGUUCCCGCGGCGGCGGGGAGGAGUCGAGCACCCGGGGGGAGCGGAGCAAGAAGCUCGGGGGCUCCGGCGGCAGCAACGGCAGCAGUAGCGGUAAGGUGGACAGCGGCGGCACCCGCCGGAGCCUGCACCUGGACAAGGGCAGCAGCCGGGGUGGCAGCCGCGAGUAUGACGCGCCGGGAAGCAGUUCUAGUAGCCGCCUGCACAGCUACAGCUCUCCGAGCACCAAGAACUCGUCGGGCGGGGGCGAGUCGCGCAGCAGCUCCCGCGGGGGCGGGGAGGCCCGCUCGGCCGCCGCCGCCCCCAGCUCCACAGGCGGCGACGGCGGCGGGGGCGGCGAGUACAAAACACUCAAGAUCAGCGAGCUGGGCUCCCAGCUGAGCGACGAGGCGGUGGAGGACGGGCUUUUCCACGAGUUCAAGCGCUUCGGCGACGUGAGCGUCAAGAUCAGCCGCCUUCCGGGGGGCUCGGGCGACGAGCGCGUGGCCUUUGUGAACUUCCGCCGGCCCGAGGACGCCCGGGCGGCCAAGCAUGCCCGGGGCCGCCUAGUGCUCUACGACCGGCCCCUCAAGAUCGAGGCCGUGUACGUGAACCGGCGCCGUAGCCGCUCACCGCUGGACAAGGAGGCCUAUGCGCCGGCGGCCGUGGUGGGUGCCGCAGUGGGCGGCCACCGGCACCCCCCGGGUGGCGGGCAGCGGGCGCUGUCCCCGGGGGGCGCGGCCCUGGGCUAUCGAGACUACCGCCUGCAGCAGCUGGCCCUGGGUCGCCUGCCCCCGCCGCCCCCGCCGCCGCUGCCCCGGGAGCUGGAGCGUGAGCGAGACUACCCCUUCUACGAGCGCGUGAGGCCAGCCUACAGCCUGGAGCCCCGAGUGGGUGCCGGUGCCGCCCCCUUCCGCGAAGUGGACGAGCUGUCCCCCGAGGACGGCCAGCGUGCCAACCGCACCCUCUUCCUGGGCAACCUGGACAUCACAGUGACCGAGAGCGACCUGCGCAGGGCCUUCGACCGCUUUGGGGUCAUCACCGAGGUGGACAUCAAGCGGCCCACGCGGGGCCAGACGAGCACCUACGGUUUUCUCAAGUUCGAGAACCUGGACAUGUCCCACCGCGCCAAGCUGGCUAUGUCCGGCAAAGUGAUUAUCCGAAACCCCAUCAAGAUCGGCUAUGGCAAGGCCACGCCCACCACGCGCCUCUGGGUGGGCGGCCUGGGCCCCUGGGUGCCGCUGGCCGCCCUGGCCCGCGAGUUCGACCGUUUCGGCACCAUCCGCACCAUCGAUUACCGCAAGGGUGACAGCUGGGCCUACAUCCAGUACGAGAGCCUGGACGCGGCCCACGCGGCCUGGACUCACAUGCGGGGCUUCCCGCUGGGGGGCCCCGACCGCAGGCUGCGGGUAGACUUUGCAGACACGGAGCACCGCUACCAGCAGCAGUACCUGCAGCCGCUACCGCUGACCCACUACGAGCUAGUGGCCGAUGCCUUUGGGCACCGAGCUCCUGACCCUCUGCGGGGGGCCCGGGACCGCACACCGCCCCUGCUGUACAGGGACAGGGACAGGGACCUUUACCCAGACACGGACUGGGUGCCGCCUCCCCCUCCAGUUCGGGAGCGCAGUACCAGAGCCGCUGCAGCCGCAGUGCCAGCCUACGAGCCUCUCGACAGUCUGGAGCGCCGGCGGGAUGGCUGGUCCUUGGAGAGGGACCGUGGGGAGAGAGACCUGCCCAGCAGCCGUGACCCGCCCCGCAAGAGGAGGCUGCCUGAGGACAGCGGGAGCCGGCAUAUGGACAGAUCUCCAGAGAGCGAGCGCUCCCGCAAAAGGCACUGUCCCCCAACGCCAGAACGCAGUCCGGAUCUGGGGAGCAGCAGCCGAGAUCGCUACAACAGCGACCCUGACCGCUCCUCGCGCCUGCUCCUGCUCGAAAGGCCUUCCCCUGUGCGGGCAGACCGGAGAGGCAGCUUGGAGAGGGGUCAGGGCGACAAGAGAGACCGCAAAAAUUCGGCAUCAGUGGAGCGGGAAAGGAAGCACCGUGCCCCUGCGCCCUCCGAGGGCAAAAGCCCCCUGAAGAAGGAGGAGCGAGCAGAGGCCUCCGCUCCCAGCACCAGUAGCGGGUCCAAGCUGAAAUCACCACCGCAAAAGGCUGAAGCUGCUGCGUCCUCCGCCCCAGCCGCUGCCCCCAAGCUGUGCCUGGCUUGGCAGGGCAUGCUUCUGCUCAAAAAUAGCAACUUCCCUUCCAACAUGCAUCUGCUACAGGGCGAUCUCCAUGUGGCCAGCAGCCUUCUGGUGGAGGGCUCAACUGGGGGCAAGGUGGCCCAGCUGAAGAUCACCCAGCGCCUGCGUCUGGACCAGCCCAAAUUGGACGAAGUGACCCGGCGCAUCAAGGUGGCAGGGCCCAACGGCUAUGCCAUUCUGCUUGCUGUGCCUGGCAACUCGGACAGCCGCUCCUCAGCUGUGUCUGAGGCCACGACCUCGACUCAGAGGCCGCUUAGGAACCUGGUGUCCUACCUUAAGCAAAAGCAGGCUGCGGGAGUCAUCAGCCUCCCUGUGGGGGGCAACAAAGACAAGGAGAACACCGGGGUCCUCCACGCCUUCCCACCCUGUGAGUUCUCCCAGCAGUUUCUGGAUUCUCCUGCCAAGGCACUGGCCAAAUCUGAAGAAGAUUACCUGGUCAUGGUCAUUGUCCGUGGCACUACUGACAAUCAAAAAUGUAAAACGGGCUUUGGAAUCUGGUUGUAUUAACCAGCAGCUAAAAAGAUGAGUUCUCAUGGGCAGACUUCUGGCAUGGACACUUGUCCUCCUGUUUCUGUAGAAAAUAGAAACUGGGUUGGAAGUCAGAGCUGCACAAAGGGAAGGGUAAGUUUUAAUUCCAGUCCUUGAUGGUGCAGUUUAAUAAAUUUGAGCUUUUAGCAGUUUGAGAUUAGUCACAUGCCAUGGAUGGAGC